AGGAGGUCAGCAAUAUUACAUGGGAGCACAGCAGGCUCACUGGCAGAACAGUCCUGCUCCAAACAAUGUUUUCAAGAUACCUCCACCAGCUGGAAUGGGGGGAUCUCCAGCCAGCUGGGGUGCACCACCGCAGCCUCAAGGACUGGGAAGCAGUGGUGAAUGCACCUUCGCCUAUGAGGAGUUGGCUGCUGCCACUAAUGGGUUCUCUGAUGCCUGUCUCCUCGGUCAAGGUGGGUUUGGUUAUGUGCACAAGGGUGUCUUGACUAAUGGAAAGGAGGUUGCAGUUAAGAGCCUAAAGUUUAGCAGUGGACAAGGAGAAAGAGAAUUCCGGGCUGAGGUUGAAAUCAUUAGUCGUGUCCACCAUCGCUAUCUUGUGUCACUAGUUGGAUACUGCAUUGCUGGUGGGCAGAGGAUGUUGGUCUAUGACUUUGUCCCCAAUAGGACCUUGGAAUAUCAUCUCCACAGAAAGGGUCUUCCUGUCAUGGACUUUUCAACAAGACUUCGUAUUGCAUUAGGCGCAGCAAAAGGGCUUGCUUAUCUCCAUGAAGAUUGCCAUCCUCGGAUCAUCCAUCGUGAUAUCAAAUCUGCUAAUGUUCUUCUAGAUAACAAAUAUGAAGCCAUGGUAGCUGAUUUCGGAUUAGCUAAGCUGUCUUCUGAUAAUUACACUCACGUCUCCACUCGCGUCAUGGGAACAUUUGGGUACUUAGCUCCCGAGUACGCAUCAACUGGUAAAUUGACUGAGAAAUCUGAUGUUUUCUCGUUUGGGGUCAUGCUCCUAGAAAUCAUAACUGGAAAACCACCUGUGGAUCGUACAAAUGCAAUGGAGGAUAGCUUGGUCGACUGGGCUCGGCCGCUUAUGGCUCAGGCCCAGGGGGACGGUAACUAUGAUCAACUGGCAGAUCCACGGCUAGAUCGCAGAUACAACCCCAGUGAAAUGGCGUGCAUGAUCACCUGCACAGCCGCCAGCAUUCGCCACUCUGCUAAAAAACGUCCCAAAAUGAGCCAGAUCGUUCGUGCCCUGGAAGGAGGUUCGUCGCUGCUGGAUGACUUCAAUCAGGGAGUUAAACCUGGUCAGAGCACUUUCUUUGGUUCCUCUGGAGCAACCUCAGAUUACAGCCAAAAUUCAUACAAUGCUGACCCAAAGAGGUUCAGAGAACUAGCAUUAUCCAGCGAGGAAUGCAACAACAAUGACCCUGGAACUUCCAGUAGCGUCAAUGCCUCCCGGUAGAUGACAAAACAUCUAAAUUACAAAGCAGCACCCAACAGCCUUAGUGAUACACAUUUUUCUAAAAAGGAAUAAGAAAUACAAUGAGUUAUGUAGAUCUGUUGAUCAAUGAAGUAUGUUAUGGAAU